CCCCUUAGGUGAGUGGAAUCAAGAGUCUCUAUGAGUCUGAACUUGCUGAUGCUCGAAGAGUUCUGGAUGAAACAGCCAAAGAGAGGGCUAGAUUACAGAUUGAAAUAGGAAAACUGAGAGCAGAACUUGAGGAGUUCAAUAAAAGCUACAAGAAGAAAGAUGCAGAUUUGUCUGUGGCUCAGGGUCGCAUUAAGGAUCUUGAAGUGCUGUUCCAUAGAAGUGAAGCAGAACUCAAUACUGUCCUGAAUGAGAAACGCAGUCUGGAAGCAGAGGUGGCCGAUUUGCGUGCCCAGCUGGCUAAGGCUGAAGAUGGUCAUGCUGUGGCUAAGAAGCAGUUGGAGAAGGAAACACUCAUGCGUGUUGACCUGGAGAAUCGGUGCCAGAGCUUGCAAGAGGAUCUGGAUUUCAGGAAGAAUGUGUUUGAGGAGGAAAUAAAGGAAACAAGAAAACGACAUGAACAUCGUUUGGUCGAGGUGGACACUAGUCGCCAACAGGAGUAUGAAUCCAAAAUGACUCAGGCCCUGGAGGAUCUGCGAAAUCAACAUGAUGAACAAGUCAAACUGUACAAAAUGGAGCUUGAGCAGACCUAUCAGGCUAAGCUAGAGAAUGCUAAACUGUCCUCUGACCAAAAUGACAAAGCUGCUGGUGCAGCUCGAGAGGAGUUGAAGGAGGCUCGCAUGAGAAUAGAAGCUCUCAGCUACCAGCUUUCUGGCCUUCAGAAACAGGCUAGUGCAGCAGAAGAUCGCAUUCAUGAAUUGGAAGAAAUGAUGGCUGGUGAGCGGGAAAAGUUUAGGAAGAUGCUAGAUGCAAAGGAGAGGGAAAUGACAGAAAUGAGGGACCAGAUGCAGCAGCAGCUUACAGAGUACCAGGAACUGCUUGAUGUUAAAUUAGCACUAGACAUGGAGAUCAGUGCUUACCGAAAACUCCUGGAAGGAGAAGAGGAAAGGUUGAAGCUCUCUCCAAGUCCCUCCUCCCGUGUUACAGUCUCUCGGGCUACCUCCAGCAGCAGCAGUAGCAGUACUUCACUUGUUCGCUCUUCCCGAGGCAAGAGAAAACGUAUGGAAGCAGAGGAGCUUUCAGGCAGCGGAACAAGUGGAAUUGGCACUGGAAGUAUUAGCGGCAGCAGUAGUAGCAGUAGCUUCCAAAUGUCCCAGCAAGCUUCAGCUACAGGAAGUAUCAGCAUAGAAGAGAUAGACCUGGAGGGCAAAUAUGUUCAACUGAAGAACAACUCAGAGAAGGAUCAGUCUUUGGGUAACUGGAGACUGAAAAGACAAAUUGGAGAUGGAGAAGAAAUUGCUUACAAAUUUACUCCUAAGUAUGUCCUCCGAGCUGGGCAGACUGUAACAAUUUGGGGUGCAGAUGCAGGCGUAUCUCAUAGCCCCCCUUCUGUUCUCGUGUGGAAGAAUCAAGGCAGCUGGGGCACUGGAGGAAAUAUCCGCACAUACCUCGUAAACUCUGAAGGAGAGGAAGUUGCAGUGAGAAGUGUUACUAAAUCAGUAGUUGUGCGAGAGAACGAAGAGGAAGAGGAUGAAGCAGAGUUUGGAGAGGAAGACCUUUUCAACCAACAGGGGGAUCCCAGAACAACCUCUAGAGGAUGCUCAGUGAUGUGAAGAAAGAAAAAAGAAACUAUUAUAAUUUGCUAAUUUUUUUCAUUUAUUUCCUUUUAUUUUUGCUAUUUUUUUUCCCUCCAGAGCCACUGAAAACUAUUUUUAUAUGCAUCAUCUGAUUUCUUUGAAGUUUACUCCUUGGUACCUUUUUAUAAAAAAAAUAAAAAAAAAAACCCUUUACUGAACAAAACUGCCAGAAUUUUUAAUAGAUUUCUUUAUUUUUCCCUCUUUGUUGAAGCACUAUUGGAAUACAACAUUUUCCCCCAUACAGAGUUUAAGGUCUUAUGUACAAACCUGCAGCAGAAAAGAAAUUUUUAGCUAAAAUGGGAUGAGACUCCUUGAGUGUAUGGUAAUUCUAUAAUAGCAUAUAUAACCAGGAUAACU